AUGGACCAGAAAAACAGCGAGAUUGCCAUGGACGAUCUACUAACUACACACCCCGGAAACGAGACAGACAGCAGCGACAAAUCAGACACGGGGAAACAGCAGGAUGAAAAGGGGGACAUCCCAUAUGGGGAAAAGAUCGGAGAAGAAUCUGACCAUCCCUCCCUACAGGGUCAACAAACAAAGCAGUUAGACAAACUACCGGUGAAACGCACCAGGGUUAAACGCUUUGUGUGUACGGAAUGUGAUUUUCGGGCAGCCAAAAAAUCUGAACUAUUAAGGCACACGAGAAAACAUACUGGUGAGGAACCUUACAAUUGUGACCAGUGUGACUAUUCUGCUGCACACAAAGUUUCUUUAGACUUUCACAUCACUAAGCAUACUGGAGAAAACCUAUUUAGGUGUGAAGAUUGCGGAUACAGGACUGCUUACAUGUCUAAUCUAACGGGACACGUGAGAACACAUACAGACGAGAAACCCUACAAAUGUGAUCAGUGUGACUAUUCCGCUGCACGGAAGGGAAACUUAGACCGACACAUGACUACACACACCGAAGAUAAACCCUACAUGUGUGGAGAGUGCGGGCACACGUCGGCUGAUAGAUCUGCCUUAACCGUACACAUGAGAAGGCAUACAGGUGAGGAACCAUAUAAAUGCGACAUGUGUGGCUAUUCUGCUGCAAAGAAAUGCCAUCUAGAGUCACACAUGGCUAAACACACCGGCGAAAAACGCUUCACGUGUGUGGAAUGCGGAUACAGAACUGCUCACAUGUCUAACCUAUCCGCACACAUGAGAACACAUACAGGUGAUAAACCUUACAAGUGUGACCAGUGCGACUAUUCUACCGCACAGAAAGGAAAUUUAGAUCGACACAAGGCUAACCACACCGGAGGAAAACGCUUCAUGUGUGGAGUGUGCGGAUACAGGGCGACUGCCAGGUCUUACAUAACCAUACAUAUGAGAACACAUACAGAUGUGAAACCUUAUCAGUGUGACCAGUGUGACUAUUCUACUGCAAGGAAAGGAAAUUUAGACCGACACAUGGCUAAUCACACCGGAGAAAAACCCUACAUGUGUGGAGAGUGCGGAUACAGGGCGGCUGAAAAAUAUUCCUUAACCGUACACAUGAGAACACAUACAGGUGCGAAACCUUACAAGUGUGACCUGUGCGACUUUUCUGCUGCAACAAAAAGCGGUUUAAACAAACACAUGGCUACACACACCGGAAAUAAACCCUACAUGUGUGGGGAGUGCGGACUCCGAACGGCUGACAGGUAUUCCUUAACCGUACAUAUGAGAUCACAUACAGGUGAGAAACCUUAUAUAUGUGACCAGUGCAACUAUUCUGCUGCAAAGAAGAGCGAUUUAGACUCACACAUGGCUAGACACACCGGAGAAAAACCUUACAUGUGUGAAGAGUGCGGAUAUAGGACGGCUCACAGGUCUAACCUAACCGCACAUAUGAGAACACAUACAGGUGAGAAACCUUACAAGUGUGACCAGUGCGACUAUUCUGCUACAAAGAAAAGCUACUUAACCAAACACUUGGCCGAACACGAUUCUUAGCGAUACAUUUGACAAGUGCAGACACAAGACGGUUGAAAAAUCUUACGUAUCCAGGACACGCACAAAAUACAGAUUAUCAAAUCAAAUGCGAUAACUUCCGAAAAUAGUUUCAUCAGGUUGGUAGAAUAUAGGAUGAAGGAAAAUUCUUUUUUACACAACCACUGAACGAAGAAAAGAAGUCGGCAGUUACAGACCAUAUCGCCAGGAACAAUUGCUUAAUUGACUGGGAGGGGCGAAGGUCAUAGACAGGGAAGACAAUAGGCGGGCACGGUGGAUUAAGGAGGCCAUCUGGAUAAGAAAGUCAACCCCAGUGAUGAACCGGGACGAGGGAGGAUGCAAGC